AGGCGCCCCGAGAGGCACUUCGCUUCCAUGCUGAGACCAAGGGCGCACAGGUGCGUCUGGACACGAGUGGCUGCACCGCGCACAGGCACGCCACGUUCCACGACGGCAUCGUGUUCAGCCAGCGGCCCGUGCGCCUGGGCGAGCGCGUGGCGCUGCGCCUUCUGCGGGAGGAGAGCGGCUGGUGCGGCGGCCUCCGCGUGGGCUUCACGCGCCUGGACCCUGCGUGCGUGUCCGUGCCCAGCCUGCCGCCCUUCGUGUGCCCCGACCUGGAGGAGCAGAGCCCGACGUGGGCGGCCAUACUGCCUGAGGGCUGCGCGCUGGUGGGGGACGUGGUCCGCUUCUGGGUGGACCGCCGCGGCCGCCUCUUCGCCAAGGUCAACGCCGGCUGCCGGCUCCUGCUGCGUGAGGGUGUGCCCGUGGGCGCCCCGCUCUGGGCCGUGAUGGACGUGUACGGGACCACCAAGGCCAUCGAGCUGCUGGAUCCCACAGCCAGCCGGCUCCCAACAGCCAUGCCAUGGGACCUCAGCAACAAGGCUGUGCCUGAGCCCAAAGGCUUUGGGCCAAAAGAUUUGGCUCUGCCUACUGGAAACCUAAAAGCAACCUGGCGUCUCUGCCUUUGAGAGCGUUGGCCUACUCUCCACACCAGGAGAGGAGUGUGCCAUCUGCUUCUAUCACGCUGCCAACACCUGCCUUGUGCCCUGCAGCCACACAUACUUCUGCAGAUGCUGCGCCUGGCGGGUCUUCAGGGAUACAGCCAAGUGCCCUGUGUGCCGCCGGCAGAUCGAGGCGGUAGCCCCCGCGCAGGGCCCUUCUGCUCUGAGGACUGAGGAAGGUUCAUGAGAGGAGGCUUCCCAGUAUGAGUGGCAGCCCAGGCCUAGAUCUGAGUCCGGUCCCUGCAGAGGAAGGAGGCGCAGCCCUAUCUUCUUUCUAGGGAAGAGUCAGGAUGGCUGAUUAGCAAGAGGUGUGGCAGAGAGAGGAAGGCAGGGAGGUGCCGUCUGCUCCCUCCACCUGUUUUGCAACAGGGGAGCAAGGAAAAACCCCUUUCUGUCCAUGCCAGAACUAUCCUUCUGAUGGGGUGCUUUGUUUAGAGACAGGGUGGCCCAAUCCCGUGUUUUAUAGCUGAAGGAGUUCAGGUAUCUGUCGUGUCUGGUGAAGCCCUGUACCUCCUGGGUGUUGAAGAACCUGGACUCGAAGCAGGAGGUAUCUACAGAGAAUGCAUCAAGUUCCACGUGGAAGCUGGGUUGCCUCCCACAAGUCCCCGGUAGAGCGGAUCUGUAGUUACCCGCCCUGCCUCCCUUUGAGGGUGGGCGCGAGGUCCCAGCGAGACCAGGCAUCUGAAGAUGAUUUAUAACGUAAACGUGUAUUGUUGUCACUGUGGUAAUUUCCUUGCCAGUUUCUGAGAUAUCAAAAUAAAGUUUGUGUUUCCUGAAUGA